CCUCUUUCAAUCAAAGCCACAUUUCCUUCAAUAUCGUCCAAAUUAUCGGGAGGUUUACAUCCAUUUUUAGGCAAUAUCGGGACCAAUGGAACAUUCUUUACGUGAAAUGAUGCAUUCUGUAAACAAUUUUUAUUAUAGACUUGAAUGAAAACUGAGCGAAUUCGUUUAUAUUUACGAAAGGGGACCCAAAGUCUUUAGCUGGACGAAUUCUUUUUCAGUUACAAAAAUUAUUUUUAAUCUAAAAUGGAAGAAAAUUCGAAAGAUCUAUCGGAAAAUGAAGAAAUUAAAUCGACAGCCGUAGUAAAAUAUUCUUUUCCAAAACCAGCACAGUUUAUGAAAUUACAAUGUAAUACAGAUCUUAAUUUACCUCCUUCUAACUGGCUAAGUAGUUCUGCGGAUUCGUAUGGCUUACAACAUGUUCUUACACAUCACAAAGGUUUUUCUAGCUUUAAAAUGGCUCAAAUGUUCCCCGAUUGCGUAGGUGAAGUAGAUGUAGUCUCAGAUGCUGAGAAUAUUAAAAAAUUACUAAAGAUGCCGUACCACAAAGGUCAUAUAAGCAUGAUGGUCCAUCGUAUAGAAAACACACUGCUUAUAGACGAUUUCGACAUCUACAAACACUUGUUAAAAACGGCGGAAACGGAAUGGGAAUGGUUGAGGAAAUUUUUCUUCGAAAAUAUAAGUCGUGCCACUUACGAUGAAGACAGGAAUUUGUAUAUAAACAGUAGGAGGCGAGAAGCCCUGAAAGAAAAAAGUCUUGUUUCGAAAUUUUUAUAUCAUAGUUUAGUGCCUACAGAAACUACAGAGAAUAACAAACAAUUAGAAAAUAAUCAACCCGUUAAGGAUCCGUUGUUGCCUGAACCAUCCCCUUCCACAGAAUGUCCAGAUUCUCCCACUUCCACACAUAAAUACAAUAGAAAUGUUGUGUGGACUUUUGAGGAUAUAGAAAUGCUAUUAGGUACAGAUAUGCCGAUUUUUGGCGGAGGCACCCAUCCUUGCAUAUCGCUGCGAUUAAGAGAUAUGAGCAAACCCAUCAACGUUUUGACUGGUAUUGAUUACUGGCUGGAUAACCUCAUGUCCAACGUGCCAGAGGUCGUGAUGUGUUAUCAUUUGAACGGAAUAGUCCAGAAAUACGAGCUCAUCAAAACGGAAGAUUUGCCGCGAAUGGAUAAUUCCAAAUUUUCCCCGAAAUUGAUAAGAGAUGUAGCGCAAAGUAUUCUCAGUUUUUUGAAAUCGAACGCCACUAAAGCGGGGCAUACGUACUGGCUAUUUAAAGGAAAAGAUGAAGAAGUAAUCAAACUUUACGACCUAACGAGCUUAUGUUCCGAGAAAGACGUCGAAAAAGGUCAAAACCCAUUCACGAUCCCCGUCGCCAUGCUUUUGUAUCGUGUAGCCAGAAACAUGAAACACUCGUCAGACAGAUCUCAGCCCGGUACCAUCAGAAUGCUUUUGAAAAACUGCAUAAAACUGUUACCGCAAGAAAAAUACCCGGAAAUCGUUACGUCCUCGCUAUAUAUGUUGUCCGACCUCUACGUUCCCGCAAAAACGAAUCCCGAAAAUCCCGGAUUGAAUGAUAACGAAAACGAGGAGGAAAAUGAAGCUUAUUACGAGGACGAUAUGCCGGACGAAGAGGACGAGGAGCAAGCCAUGAAGAUUCUCGUCUUGGAAAAUAAUAGAUUCGAGAAGUUUAAAAAUUAUUACAAACCACCUGCUCCUAUUGUCGGAGGUGUGGAAGAAAGAUGUAUACAGGCCAUCCAACACGUCUCCGCCGGUCUCAACUGCCUCAAAUUCUUCCCCAUAACCAACGCCAAUGAAAAAAGUCCGACCAAGCAAAAUGAAGAAGAAAUCAAAAUGGCAAAACCCUUCGAACCGAUCCCAAUGCCGUACUCCAAGCUGAACGACAACAAAUUAGCGUCGGAUUCAACCAAAAAAAGUAAGAAGAAAGACCGAAAGAAAAAGGCAGAAAACAAAAAUCAAGAAAAACUAACCAACGCGUUGUUGCCAAAGAAUUUAAACGAGGCGCAACCUUUACCUACUUGGCAGGAAACCGAAACCAAUAAUAUCUCGUGGAAGGAUCAUCUGAAGACUUUGUUGUACGAGAAAGCCGUCUUGGUGUACGCCACUCUAUCUGAACACCAUUUUCUAUCGGGGAACUACGGGUUAAGCCUGAAGUACAUCGGUUAUCUAGCUAGAUGUCAAUUGAUCAUGAACAUGCUGCAGUACGCUUCAAACGCUUUGAGGGAAAACUGCCUUUUGGGCAGAGCUGGUGAUUGUUGUAUAAUGAUGAUCCAAUACUGGGCCAAAUGCGAGCAAUAUAACGAGCAACUCCACAGCGCCCAAGAAGAAGACUUCAAAAUGUUAGAACAACUCGAGCAAGACGAACAAUUCUACAACAUAAGCAUAGGAGAAAGCGAAAUGCGUUGCGUCUUUCUCUUCGACAUCAGAACCAUCGAACAAAUGCUGUUGAAGAGCAUCGAAUGCUACGAAGCUGCAUUGAAGCUGUCGGAAAGCGAUAGUAUUUUGCGCCGAUUGGCCAAUAGCUUGAACGAAGUCGGUUCCUACUAUCUGAAUAGGGCUAAAGUCGAAAAGAAGGUGAACGAUAUCACGCUAACUUGCAAGAAGGCCGAAACGUAUUUGAUACGCGGGUUGGAAUUGUUCGAGAAGGUUAAAGAUGACGCGAACGUCGCUUUGCUUUACACGAACAUCGGGCAUUUGUAUAGAUUGCUAGCGCACGCCAACACGCCUGCUGAUAGAGGGGAGAUUACGCAGCAGGAGAAAGUUCAUUAUAAUAAAGCCAUUAUGAAUUAUAAGAAAGCCCUGCAGGUUUUGGGCGAUAGGGAUAAUUGUCCUGGAAUUUGGGACGCCGUUAAGUGGGAAUUAUCCACAGCUUUAUUUAACAUGGGGUGGAUAAUGCACGAGAACCCGCCCGCUCAUUUGAGCAAACCCGAAGCUGAAAGAGAAGUCAUAGAAACGCUGCAGAAAGCCUUACAAUACUGCGAUUUCGACGAAAACAAUCCCAAAUAUCCCUUAUACAUAUACCGCGCGGCCAUAAUCCACUACAGGAUCGGUUCAUUGUACCACAGCCACAUUUGGUCGGCGCCCAACGAUUCAGCCAACAGAAAAAACAUCAUUCAAUUAGCCAAAAUCAAUUACGAGAAAGCUUCGAAGAUGUACCUGCAGAGUUCGGAUGCCGUGAACUAUUUGACGUCGCAGAUGCAGCGGGUCGCGUUGUCGGAAUAUCUGGCUGAAACCACCAACGCAUUAAACACGAAAAUCAAACACCUUCAACACUGCCUGGAAAUCGUCCUGGAACUAAACGAAAUGAUCCAGUUAUUGGUAGACAAAAAAAUAGAUAUAGAAGAGAAGUCGGAAGAAGAUGAGGAGAAGACUGACAGCAAGACCAAAUUCAAAACGUGUUUUUCCUUGCUGAAAUUGGUCAGCACACGAUUGCAGCAAGUCCUGAAACUGCUCGUGAAGUGUUGUCUCACGAAACCUCCACCAAAUAAAGACUGUGAAAAGUUAGCGGAACUGUACAAGAAAUGUUAUAAGCGAUCGUUCGAUUUGAAAGAGGGUUUGAAUUGUGAGGAGUUGUUGAUUAAAUUGAGAACCGUCUUGGCGGCCAUCAGGAGCGAGUGUGAGAUUUUAAAUGAUUUAUGAAUUCGAAGUUAAAUUUUAAAAAUGUACAUUUUUUUAGUAUUGUCAUGUUUUUUCGCUUUUACCUUCGUAAGGUUCAAGUUUUUAAAAAGUGUUACUUAAAACAGUGUUUAUAUUUUACUGUGA